AAGGAGAGAAAGAGGAAGACAAGGGAAAAAGAGAUUAAGAGACAGUGUGAGAGGAGAGCGAAGGGAUUCCCAGGCAAUGGCACCGCGACGCCACGGGAACGGUAACGCAAUGAGCAGCCAGCUGGACCCGUUCGAGGACCGUGGGAUGAGCCAGGUGAUCGCCUGCUUCGGUCACUGCUGCACACCGGCGGGCGAAUGCCUCCGCGGCGACACCUUCAUCCGCCUCUCGACGAUUCAGGACUGCGUCAAGGUCAGCUGUAGCAACGAGACCUGCGCAGCGGGCCAGUUCAUGCACCGGGAGUGCUUCGACGCCUGGGAACAGACGGUCUUAGCCUACCUCAAGAGCUGCGGCAGGGCGAGAUGCUGGUCCGAGCGCCAGCGGCACCAGAACCUCUGGACGAAGAAGGGCUAUGAUCUUGUGUUCAUGGCCUGCAGCUGCAAGUGCGGCCGCGGCCACCUGAGGAAAGAUCUCGAGUGGGUGGCUGCCGGUAGAAACAACGGCGAGGACUCGAUCGGGGUCGGGGUCGGGAUCGGGGUCGGCGAGGCUAAGAAGAAGAAGAGGCGCAACAGGCAGAACGGGAGACCGAACGCCGCGACCGCGACUACCGCCGCUGUCGCCACCACCGCUGCUACAACGACGACGAACGCCGGGAGCAUCGUCAAUGGGAACCUCAGGGGUAGCGACGCCCAGGCCAUCGAUGGUACUCGAAUCCGAGCCGGGAGUCUCUCCUCGAGCACCGGCUCCAGUUCGCCUCCGGCGAACAGCGAGACUAGCGUCAGUCCUUUGCACCAGCCCCAAGUCAUCGUCAAAAAAAAGAACAAAGUUGACUUUUUCGGAGACAGAAUAAGACAAAGCUGCGGAGCGAAUGGUAUUUUUUCACGACGACUGGACUUUAGCGCAUUCAACAGUCUACCGAGAACAAAACUAAAUUCCUAUCACAUUAAGAUGGAAGACGAGGGCAAUCACGGUAACGACGACACCAGAUGCUUCAUCCUGUCGACCCUGGCGGCACUGCAGUGGUCGAGGGUCUCGUGCGUGCUGUGUCGCGCGGCGAUGCUAGUCUUUGAUAGAUAUCCCCUGGUUGACGGCACCUUCUUUCUGUCCCCGCGUCAGCACUCAGCCGCCUGUGCCGAGGUGAAGGUCGAGGGUCGGACGCAGUUCCUGUCGGCCGUGUGCAUAAGCUGCCUCGAGGGAAGCGGCGGUGGGAUUCCGGUCCGCUGCCGAUCCUGCACCCAGCCAUGGGAUGGCUCGAGCCUCGUUCUGGGAACGAUGUACAGCUACGAUAUAUUCGCGGCCAUGCCCUGCUGCGCCGAGCGCCUCAAGUGCAACAGUUGCCACAAGCCGCUGAUCUACCCGCACCAGCGGCUCAACUUCUACUCGGACUACAGCCGUGUGUUCGCCUGUCCGCACUGUCGCGCCGUCGAUGCUCACUUCGUCAAGCCCUUGACGUCCUGCUUCACCCGCGAGCACUUCCAGCUCUACAGUCCCUGGCCCUAACAACCAGGGAAAAUGGCCGGCGGCAGAUCGGCGGUGGCCCAGCGCUGCCGCGACCACGCGGCCAACAUAUCCUCGAGCCCCCUGAUGGCUCUCCUCAGGGCGAGCCUCCUCUAAGCCAACAACAGCCCAGGGCGCAACGAAGACACUAACGGAAUUCCUCGCUCCGCCGGAAGAGAAGCCCCCACAAGAUCUAUCGAGAUAGAGAGUGCGAGAGAGUGCGUGUGCGC